CCGAGCCGAGCCGAGCCGAGCCGAGCCGAGCCGAGCCGAGCCCCGGCCCCAUGGAGGACACGGGGUCGCUGUUCCCGUCGCUGGUGGCCGCGGGACACGCCGCGUCCCUCGCACUGGUCUGGUACUGGCGGCGGCGGCGCGAGGGGACGGGCGACUCGGAUGAGCGAGACCGUGUCCAGAAGAAAACCUUCACCAAAUGGGUCAACAAGCACCUCCUCAAGCACUGGCGAGCAGAGGCUCAGCGCCACGUCAAUGACCUGUACGAGGACCUCCGGGACGGGCACAACCUCAUCUCCCUGCUCGAGGUGCUCUCAGGGGACAAGCUGCCGCGGGAGCGCGACGUCGUCCGGAGCUUGCGGUUGCCCCGCGAGAAGGGCCGGAUGCGCUUCCACAAGCUGCAGAACGUGCAGAUCGCCCUCAACUACCUGAAGCAUCGCCAGGUGAAGCUGGUGAACAUCCGCAACGAUGACAUCGCCGACGGCAACCCCAAGCUCACGCUGGGGCUCAUCUGGACCAUCAUCCUGCACUUCCAGAUCUCGGACAUCCAGGUCACGGGGCAGUCCGAGGACAUGACCGCCAAGGAGAAGCUGCUGCUGUGGUCCCAGCGCAUGGUCGAGGGCUACCAGGGGCUGCGCUGCGAGAACUUCACGGCGAGCUGGCGCGACGGCCGCCUCUUCAACGCCAUCAUUCACCGGCACAAGCCGAUGCUCAUCGACAUGAGCCGCGUUCACCGCCAGAGCAACCUGGAGAACCUGGAGCAGGCGUUCACCGUGGCCGAGCGCGAGCUGGGGGUCACGCGGCUGCUGGACCCCGAAGACGUGGAUGUGCCGCAGCCGGACGAGAAGUCCAUCAUCACCUACGUGUCCUCGCUCUACGAUGCGAUGCCGCGCGUGCCGGAGCCGCAGGACGGAGUCAAGGCCAACGAGCUGCAGCUGCGCUGGCAGGAGUACUACGAGCUGGUGACGCUGCUGCUGCAGUGGAUGCGGCAGCACACGGGCAGCUUCGAGGAGCGCCGCGUGCCGGCCAGCUACGAGGAGAUCGAGGUGAGGACCUGA